UUUCAGGAAUAUGUUGAUCUUUAUACUGAUUGGUUGUUAAAUAAGUCGAUUGCUAAGCAGUUUGAUGCCUUUAAGAAAGGUUUUGAUCUCGUAAUGAAGGACAAACACUUAGCAGAUCUCUUCACUGCUGAGGAGGUGGAGAUGUUAGUGUGUGGAAGCAAGGAAUGGGAUUUCAAUUCGCUGGAGGAGAACACUCGUUACGAUGGGUUUUCAAAAUCACACUCCGUCAUCAUUAAUUUCUGGGAGGUGUUUUACGAGUUUAACGAAGACGAGAAGAAGCAGCUGCUAGCUUUUGUGACCGGAUCUGAUCGAGUGCCAGUGGGCGGACUAUCCAACCUCAAACUGGUCAUCGUUAAGAAUGGACCUGACUCUGACAGGUUACCCACUGCUCAUACUUGUUUCAAUGCAUUGUUACUCUGUGAGUACAGUUCAAAGGAGAAGUUAAAAGAGAGAUUAUUGACUGCCAUUAGAAAUGGUAAAGGAUUUGGAAUGUUGUAACAACUUCUAAUCAAACCAUGCACCUUAUAAUUGAUAAAUAAUAAUUAAAUUAUUAUUAUUAUUGUUAUUAUUAUUGUUAUUAUUAUUAUUAUUGUUAAGUUAUGUGGUUGUUUCAUCACUGUAUGUUAAUAAUGAUAAUAAAAAGAA